AUGGCGUCGAUCUUGUACAAGCUAGGGUUAUGCUUAUCGCUGCUAUGCCUUGUGAUUUCACCUGCCCAAUCCGCGGUUAUGAGCAUAGAUCUAGGCUCCGAGUGGCUCAAAGUCGCUGUAGUGAACCUGAAACGCGGGCAGAGCCCGAUUUCGGUUGCUAUUAAUGAAAUGUCGAAGCGGAAAACCCCGGUUUUGGUUGCGUUUCACUCCGGUGACCGCCUUAUGGGUGAGGAAGCGGCGGGGUUGGUUGCCAGGUACCCUGAGAAAGUGUUUUCUCAGGCAAGAGAGUUGAUUGGGAAGCCCUUCGGUCAUGGCAAGAACUUUUUGGACUCGUUGUACUUGCCAUUCGAUGUUACGGAAGAUUCCAGGGGAACUGUGAGUUUCAAAAUUGAUGACAAGGUCACUACUUACUCGGCCGAGGAAAUAGUGGCUAUGAUAUUGGGUUAUGCUGCUAAUUUAGCUGAGUUUCAUUCAAAAGUAGAAAUAAAGGAUGCUGUUAUUACUGUUCCCCCUUACUUUGGACAAGCCGAGCGGAAGGGACUAGUCCGGGCCGCACAGUUGGCUGGAAUCAAUGUUCUUUCUUUGAUAAACGAGCAUUCUGGAGCUGCAUUGCAGUAUGGGAUUGAUAAGAAUUUUGAGAAUAAAUCGAGGCAUGUCAUUUUCUACGAUAUGGGUACCAGCAGUACUUAUGCAGCACUUGUAUAUUUCUCGGCUUAUAAUACCAAGGAGUUUGGAAAGACUGUGUCGGUCAACCAAUUUCAGGUGAAGGAUGUCAGAUGGAACCCAGAACUAGGGGGACAGAAUUUGGAACUACGGUUGGUUGAGCAUUUUGCGGACGAGUUCAAUAAACAAGUGGGAAAUGGGGUUGAUGUGAGGAAAUCUCCAAAAGCAAUGGCUAAAUUGAAGAAGCAGGUGAAGCGCACAAAAGAAAUUCUGAGUGCAAACACAAUGGCUCCAAUAUCUGUUGAAUCUCUUUAUGAUGAUCGGGACUUCAGGAGCACCAUAACUCGUGAGAAGUUUGAGGAGCUCUGUGAAGAUCUGUGGGAGAAAUCACUUGUACCUGUUAAAGAAGUGCUUAAGCAUUCUGGUUUAAAGGUGGACGAGUUAUACGCAGUGGAGUUGAUAGGAGGUGCUACCAGAGUGCCUAAAUUACAGGCUAAGCUUCAGGAAUUUCUUGGAAGGAAAGAGUUGGACAGACAUCUGGAUGCUGAUGAAGCUAUAGUUCUUGGUGCUGCCUUGCAUGCUGCUAAUUUGAGCGAUGGAAUAAAGCUGAAUCGUAAGUUGGGAAUGGUUGAUGGUUCAUCCUAUGGGUUUGUGCUCGAGUUAGAUGGCCCUGAUCUUCUGAAAGAUGAUAGCACCAGACAGUUACUCGUACCACGAAUGAAGAAACUCCCUAGCAAGAUGUUCAGAUUCUUUACCCAUAGCAAAGACUUUGAGGUUUCACUAUCAUAUGAGAGUGAAGAUCUUUUACCUCCUGGUGCCACCUCUCCUCUAUUUGCCAAGUAUGCAGUCUUGGGAUUGACAGAUGCAAGCGAAAAGUAUGCAUCCCGGAAUCUGUCUUCCCCAAUUAAAACUAGUCUGCAUUUCUCUUUGAGUAGAAGUGGCAUUCUCUCAUUUGAUCGUGCAGAUGCUAUUGUUGAAAUAACAGAAUGGGUAGAAGUUCCUAAGAAGAAUCUGACAGUUGAGAAUGCAUCUACUGUUUCCCCCAACAUAUCGAGUGAAACUGGUGGUCAGAACUCCUCAGCAGAAAGUGAUGACAAUACUGAUGAUGGGGGAAAUGGUAAUGCAUCCAACUCUACUGCAGAAGUACAAGGUAGUGCCGAUCUUGGUAUUGAAAAAAAGCUGAAGAAGCGGACAUUUAGAGUUCCGCUGAAGAUUGUUGAAAAGACCGUCGGACCAGCAAUGGCUCUUUCCAAAGAAUCUCUUGCUCAAGCGAAACUUAAAUUAGAAGAAUUGGACAAGAAGGAUGCAGAGCGAAGGAGAACAGCAGAGUUGAAAAACAAUUUGGAAGGAUACAUAUAUGCUACUAAAGAAAAGCUUGAAACAUCUGAGGAAUUUGAAAAGAUUUCAACUAGCGAGGAACGCCAAACAUUCAUUGGAAAGCUUGAUGAGGUGCAAGAAUGGCUCUACAUGGAUGGUGAAGACGCUACUGCUUCAGAGUUUCAGGAACGCCUAGAUAUGCUAAAAGCUAAGGGUGACCCGAUAUUCUUCAGAUUUAAAGAGCUCUCUGCACUGCCAGAAGCAGUGAAACACGCCCGAAAGUACCUUGUUGAGCUGCAGCAGAUUGUAAACGGCUGGGAGUCCAAAAAAGAUUGGCUUCCGAAAGAUCGUAUUACUGAGGUUUUGAGUGACGCUGACAAGUUGAAGACUUGGUUGGAUGAGAAGGAGGCCGAACAGAAAAAGACUCCUGGAUUUAACACGCCAGCUUUCACAUCUGAAGAUGUAUACAUGAAGGUGUUUGAUGUACAAGAGAAGGUUGACAGCAUUAACAGAAUUCCCAAGCCAAAGCCUAAAAUUGAGAAACCGACGAGCAAUGAAACAGAGAGCACCGGAGAAAAAGCCAAAGACUCAAACACGACUUCUGAAAGUUCCUCACAAGACGACAAGACUGAGUCAGAACGUGAGGGCCAUGAUGAGCUAUGAUCUAACUUUACUGACAUGUCGAUUAGCAUUAUUAUCAUCUGCCUUCCCAGUUAAUGAUCGUGGAUUGGCAUCUUUCUAGAAGGGAGAAACGAGCUAGAAAAGUACAGCCCCUCUAGAGUUGGGUGCUCAUCAAGCUUGAUAUGGCUGGGUAAUUGCUCGACAUCUCUCCUGGUUCUUAAAUUAUACUAUCAUCGUAUACGAACAUCACUAGAGGCACUUAUGGUAUUAUCAUAUUGCCUCGUUAAAAGUUUUGAUCAUUGUUAUAAGUUCAGCUGACAAUAUGAUAGGGAUUUUGCUGUCAAGGAAGAUUGUAUCGUCUUAUUUGAGAAAAUAUGUAGCCCCUUUUUAGUAUGAUACUUGUUGCUCCUGAAUUUAGCACACUAGCAUUCACUUCUGAAGAUGUAUUUGAAGGUGAUUGAUCUACAAUGAUAGGUACAUUGCUGCAAUAAGUAGAAACUUGAUUCACAAUCUUAUUAUC